AUGCAGCAGAAAGUGAAGAGGAGGAGGAGGAGGGAAAUACCAUCUCAAACGUGGAGUGAAAAAAUAAACCAGGCUAAUAAAGCUGCCCUUCUGACUUGGGUGAAAAAGACUGGAAUCCAGUUAGUGCAGAUCAAUGGGCAGAGAAAAUAUGGUGGUCCUCCACCAGGAUGGGCUGGCUAUGCCCCACCAUCUGGUUCAGAGGUUUAUAUAGGAAAAAUCCCCCAGGAUAUCUAUGAGGAUAAACUUAUUCCUCUCUUCCAAAAUGUGGGGAGGCUUUAUGAAUUUCGUCUCAUGAUGACAUUUAGUGGGCUUAACCGUGGCUUUGCCUAUGCUAAGUACAUGAACCGCCGAGACGCCCAGGAGGCAAUUGCUUUACUCAACAACUUCGAAAUCCAGUCUGGCUCCCCCAUUUUGGUUUGUAGAAGCACUGAGAAGUGUGAGCUCUGCAUUGAUGGCCUGGCACCCUCGCUGAAAGAGUGCCACCUUCUGCCAAUGCUGCAGGAACUAACCCCAGGACUCCAAAGCAUCUCCUUACAUGCCAGCCCUUUCAGGAAGAAGAGGCAGCUGGCAGAAGUGAAAUACAUUUCCCAUCAGGCUGCUGCAAUAGCCAAGAAAAAUCUUGUGGAAGGUAGCUUGUGUCUCUGUGGAGAUCAAAUUGAAGUGGUUUGGCUAACACCUACUAUUAAACAGGAGCUCCAUAAUGUCUCAGUUGCAGGUAAUCUAAAGACCCUGCCAUCCAGCUGGAGCCAUAGAAGUGCCCUUCCUCAAAUGUCUUCCAGGCCUAUAGACUGUCAUAUGCUACCAGCAAGAGCCAGUGUAUUAGAUCAUUUAAAAUUUCAGUGUAAGCUGCAUCAGCUGGGCCGUCCUGUAAUCUUUACAAAAUGUGUGCAGCGGAAUCCUGAAGACUGGCUGCAGUUCUGGUAUCAAGUGGUGAUACCAAAAUAUCCAUCACCCUUCAGUGGGUUCAUUUGGAUCAAGCCUGAUCCCUCUGGCUUGGAAGACCAUGAAAAAGUGAAGAAUUUUGUGGCCUUGCAGCUACUUAAAGUCCUAGGGUACCCUGUGAUGUAA